AUGCAUUAUAACGCAAACAUGGGGGGCAGGCAACCCCUUGGCAGGAAGUUGAAAAGGGUUGCCGAUGUAAACUCUAUGGGAUAUACGCCCUAUGAGCAUCCUGAGGUUCAACAGCAACCCCAACAACAAAAUAUGUACACGAAUGUAAAUUCAUUUCAAGCAGGAUACCCUCAGGUGAAUUCGUAUCCAAGUCCUUCAGUUACUCCGAAUAUGAACCAGCCGGCGUUUAAUACGAAUUCAAUAACGGCCCCGAGCAUGAACGUUAUAAGUCAACCUAUUGUACAAGAUAUGGCAAUGCAAUAUGGACAACAGUUAGCAGGCGCAGGAAAAACCAUGUUAAAAAACGAAGUCGAAAAAUUCGUGCCUGUCUCGAAAUUAAAAUACUACUUCGCUGUAGAUACUAAUUAUGUCCUGACCAAAAUGCUCUUACUGUUCUUCCCUUUUACACAUAAAGAUUGGUCUGUUAAAUAUGAACAGGACGGCCCUAUUCAGCCUAGAUAUGAAAUAAAUGCUCCUGAUUUAUACAUACCUAUCAUGGGUUUUGCAACGUACGUAGUCACAGCAGGAUUGGCGUUGGGAAUGCAGGAUCGUUUUACUCCAGAACAUAUAGUAAUUUUGGCCUCGUCGGCUUUGGCUUGGUGGUUAGUCGAAAUCGUUAUCUAUUGGGCGACUUUAUAUAUAAUCCAAGUCGAAACCAGUCUAAGUACACUAGACCUUUUGGCUUACUCGGGAUAUAAAUUUGUUGGAAUUAUAUUCUCCAUUGAUGUCAGCAUUGUCGCUGGAAAAAUAGGAUACUACUCCUGCUUGUUGUAUACUAGUUUAACAUUAGCGUUCUUUUUAAUUAGAAGUCUAAAGGUUCAAGUUUUAUCUGGCAGUACCCAACAGGAAGAUUACUAUGGGACUCAGUCUGUGGGGGGCCACAAGAGGCGUCUCUAUUUUCUGCUCUUCCUAGGAGCUACGCAGCCCAUUUUAUCUUGGUGGUUGUCGUAUCAUUUAUUACCUGCAGCGAAUGUUGUUGCUAAAGUAUCGACGAGUACAUAG